AUGGAGGACAAGGAAAACCAAGUGCAACCCCUGGAUGAAAAGCAGGUGCCCAACUCUGAAACGGGUUAUGUGUGGCAUGUCACCGAUAUGAAUCGACUGCAGCGCUUCUUGUGUUUUGGUUCAGAAGGUGGUACUUACUACAUCAAGGAGCAGAAGCUGGGCUUUGAAAGUGCAGAAGCUCUAAAAAGACUGAUUGAAGAGGGUAAAGGUUGUGAAGUUGUUCAAGAAAUAAAGACAUUUAGUCAAGAAGGCAGAGCAGCAAAACAGGAGCCCCUGCUUUUUGCUCUUGCAAUUUGCUCACAGUGUUCUGAUGCCAAAACGAAACAAGCAGCAUUUAAAGCUGUUCCUGAGGUGUGUUGCAUACCAACCCAUCUCUUUACUUUCAUCCAAUUUAAGAAAGAUCUGAAGGAGGGCAUGAAAUGUGGCAUGUGGGGCCGUGCCCUGAGGAAAGCUGUUGCAGAUUGGUACAAUGGAAAGAGUGGCAUGGCUGUCGCUUUAGCGGUUACAAAAUAUAAACAAAGAAGUGGUUGGUCUCAUAAAGAUCUUCUGAGGUUGUCCCACCUAAAACCUGCCAGUGAAGGAAUUGCUGUAGUCACUAAAUAUAUUACCAAAGGGUGGAAAGAUGUCCAAGAGGCAUAUAAAGACAAAGCAGUUUCUGCUGAGAUUGAAAAGCUCUUGAAGUAUCUGGAGGCUGUGGAGAGAGUAAAACACACAAAAGAUGAGUUGGAAGUUACUCAUUUAAUAGAGGAAUAUGGUCUAGUUAGAGAGCAACUCCUGACAAACCAUCUGAAGUCUAAAGAGGUUUGGAAGGCAUUGCUGAAGGAGAUGUCCAUUUCUGUGUUGUUGAGAAAUUUAGGAAAGCUGACAGCAAAUUCAGUGCUUGAACCACGAGGUGCAGAAGUGGCAAUAGUCUGUGAAAGACUGAGAAAUGAGAAACUGCUAAAAAAGGGUAGAAUACAUCCAUUCCAUAUUUUGGUUGCAUUAGAAACCUACAAAGCUGGACAUGGUAGCAGAGGGAAGCUUUGGUGGCGUCCUGAUGAAGACAUUUUAGAAGCUUUAGAUGCCUCAUUUUACAAAACUUUCAAGGCAGUUGAACCAACAGGAAAACGCUUCUUGCUUGCAGUUGAUGUCAGUGCAUCAAUGACACAAAAAGUUCUGGGCAGUGUGCUCAGUGCUAGCACAGUUGCAGCAACAAUGUGUAUGGUUGUUGCACGUACUGAGAAGGAUUCCCAUAUUGUUGCCUUCUCACAUGAAGUGGUCCCUUGUCCAGUGACAGCUGAUAUGAUGUUACCUCAAGUAUUAGUGAAAAUGUAUGAAAUUCCAAUGGGUACCACUGAUUGUUCCCUUCCAAUGAUAUGGGCUCAGAAAACUCAGACAGCUGUUGAUGUCUUCAUUGUACUUACUGAUAAUGAGACCUUUGCUGGAAAUAUGCAGCCUGCCAUGGCUCUGAGAGAGUACAGAGAGAAAAUGGGUAUUCCUGCUAAAUUGAUUGUUUGUGGAAUGACCUCACGUGGUUUUACGAUCGCAGAUCCAGAUGACAGAGGCAUGUUGGAUAUAUGUGGCUUUGAUACAGGAGCCUUGGAUGUUAUUCGAAACUUCACUUUGGAUUUGAUUUAAUUUUAUAGGCAUCUGCAUUUCCCAGUGGGUCCAUUGCUGGCAACAGACUUCACCCUGGGAACUUCCAGCCAAAUAUAUACUAUUAGAAUAUGGCACAUUAUAUACAUAUCAGAAUAUACCUUUUGGUGAAGGGGAAACAAGGAAAGCAGAUAAGAAAUCACUCUUAUCUGUUUUCCUGUUGCACACAAUUUAAAAAUAACAGUGGGAAGAUUGCUAAAAGUAGCUACAGGGUUAGACAAUACAUAAUUUAAUUUCACUUAUGAUAGAUUAUAAGUACUG